AUGGACGCCGUCGAGAUAGCUUGUGUUAUUUAUUUUUACUCCCGAAAACAACGAAAGAAAUAUAAAAAAAGAUACUGGAUUCAUCCUUUACUAGAAACACGCAACGAAUUCGGCCAGUUCGCAAGUUGUUUUCAAGAACUGAAGAAGCACCAAGAUAAAUUUUUCGGCUAUGUUAGAAUGAGUGUUUCGUCAUUUGAAGAACUACUAACAGUUUUAUAUGACACCAUCAAAGGACAAGAUACUAAAUUUCGUGAUUGUAUCCAACCCGAAGAGAAAUUAGUAAUAACAUUAAGAUAUUUUGCAACAGGUUGUACAUUCACGGAACUACAUUAUACAUUCAAAAUUGGAGUAAGCACUGUAGCAGAAAUCGUACGAGAAGUUUGUUUUGCAAUUUGGUUUUGUCUGAAAGAUAUUUGUUUGCCUGAACCAAACAAAGACGCUUGGAAAAAAAUUGCCAAUGAUUUUUUUCAAAGAGCAAAUUUUCCUAACUGCUUAGGUGCUGUUGACGGCAAGCACAUACGAUGCAUUGCACCUAAUAACAGUGGCUCGAUGUGUUUUAAUUAUAAAAGUUUUUUCUCUUUGGUUUUAUUAGCAAUAUGCGACAGUAAUUAUAAAUUUGUUAUGGUUGAUAUUGGAGCUUUUGGUAAAUUCAGUGACUCGUCAAUAUUUCAAAAUUCGGUUUUCUAUGAAAAAAUGCAAAAAAACCAAUUGGAUAUUCCAGAGCCACAACCGAUUUCACAAAGCAGCGAGACAUGUAUCCCAUACGUAUUUGUAGGCGACGAGGCAUUUGCGUUAUCUACGAAUUUAAUGCGCCCAUACGCAAAAAAAGAUUUGGAUGAAACCAAAAGAACGUUCAAUUACAGGCUUUCUAGAGCAAGAAGAUAUGUAGAAUGCAGUUUUGGAAUUUAUGCAAACAAGUGGCGUAUAUUUCAUAGACCUCUAAAUGUUCAAUUCACUCUAGCAAAAGAUAUCAUAAAAGCUACUUGUGUCUUACAUAAUUUUGUAAGAGAUCGAGAUGGCUAUUGUUUCGACGACUCACUCAGUUGCCCUUUGCCAGAAAAUGUAACACAGGAAGGGUUAAGAAGGAACAAUAAAACUGCGUUGAGAUACAGAGAAUUGUUUGCCGAAUAUUUUAUGACUGAUGGGAAAUUAGAAUGGCAAAGAAAUAUGAUUUAACUGAAAAUAGACCUAUUUAUUAUGUUCUAAGAUGUUUAAAGUAUGUUUAGUUUCGUUUAAAAAUAUGUAACAAUAAUAAUAAAUACUUACCAAGACU